AUGCUCUCCAAUGUUGCGGGAAUUGAUGUUAGAUUGUCAAUAUACGUAGUUAAAUCGACGAACUGGCGACUGAGUUUUCUAGCACUAUUAUUUUCAGAAUAUUGGUUGGCCUCUUCUGUCAGUCUUUCUUGUAUUCUGUGUCCUGUUUGUUCUCGGUCUCAGUUUUCCUCGUCAGUCUCAGCGAACCUACCUACACAUCAGGUUCUCCAUGUUGCUGACGGCCUGUACAGAAAUAUGGAUGGCUACAGUGAUGGACCCGCGCCAUUGGGCAGCAUCCCAAUGAGCACGUUUAUCAUCGGCUAG